GCCUCUUUCUCAACACACCUUCUCCUCAUCGAGAAGGAAUAUUCUCCAAAAUAGCGCCAUGCGAGCAUCGCUCUUUGUCGCAUCUCUCGUCUCCUGGGCAGUCCUGUGCUCGGCGAGCCGGAUCUCGGUCACUGGCGUCGACGACUUUGAGGCAGAGUCGCGCCUUGGCAAGGACCACCUGGGCCAGCAUUCGAUCUGGGCGACCGGCGAGGAUGGGCGGCUUGGAGACAAGGAGCUGAUCCGGAUCUGGCGGACCAGAGGCGCUCAGUCAUCGGACAGCAAGAGCGAGGAGGGACAUGAUGUGCUGAUUGCGCGCGAGAGGCUCGAGGAAGGGCAUGUGGCGCAGCGCCAGGAUGCGCAGCCGUGGGACGCCCUGAUCCGAGCGAUUCUCUCUGGCGAGCAACUGUCCAGGCACCCAUCGAGCGGUCAGGCCGUCUUCCAAUCGUCGGCGACACCCGACUUGUCGUCAUUGCUCAAACAGCAAGCAGCAAUCGAGACAAUAACGCCGAGCUACGCCAUCGUCCACGUCGACACGACCGCUGCGCUGCUCGAGCUCUCGACGCAUCUUCCCGCCGACACGCGCCUCGCUCGCUUGCCGCGCUGGUCCCUUCCCCUCGUCGACCACUCUUCCAGUGCUGCUGCCGCCGCCGAGCCAGCGUCGAAGCGCAUGUUCCACAACCCACGCUACAUUCCUCCGCUGCACGCACUGCUCUUCUCGCCUGCGCUCGACAUCGAAGCACUGCGCGCCGAUGCCCGCGUCCUCACGGGCGAGGACCAGGACGGGCAGGUGCUCGACGACGGCGACGGCGAUGGUGCGCUGCAGCACUGGAAUAGCCGGCACAGCGCCACCUGGGGCUCCAGGACGGCGGCCGCGUGGAUCCGGCGGCGCAUGCAGAGGGAUCUCGCGGCCAUCGGAGGAAAAUGCAACGAGUGGACGUAUGACGAGUACUUUGCGCCCAACGUCGUUUGCACCAUUCCUCCAGCCAAGAAGACGCCGAGCGACGAAGGCAUCGUUGUCUUUUCUUCGCACCUCGACUCACGAGGGAGCUUUGGCUCAACGCUGGCACCAGGAGGAAACGAUGAUGGGAGCGGCACGACGAUGCUUCUCGCCCUCGCUCGUCAUCUUGGCCAGCACAAGAUUAAGUUCGAGCGAGAGGUCCGGCUCGUCGCGUUCUCUGGCGAGGAGCAGGGCCUCGUCGGUUCUCAGCAUUAUGCCAAGCAUCUCCAUGAGCAAGGGGCAAAGAUCAAGCUGGCGCUCCAGACGGACAUGAUUGGCUAUCGCAAGCCCGGCGAGCCUUUGCAGCUUGCCUUUCCUGACAAGCUGUCCACCCAAGAGGCGACCGACUACAUCAUGUCCAUCGCCAAGAUCUACGUGCCGGAGCUUACGGUGGGCUACACACCAGCCUGCUGCAGCGACCACCAGUCCUUCUGGGAGCAGGAAUUCCCCGCCACCUGGGUGUUUGAGAGGAACGGGCCCAUCGCCGACGAUCGUUACCACAACUCCGGCGACGUGACCGACCGGGAGGGCUACGACUUUAGGCAGAUUCGGGCCUCGACCCGCGUGGUGCUGGCUUCGCUCCUCGACGUGGCUGGAGGUGUCGAGUGGGGUUGGUAGAUGGAGUAGGAAUUGAAUAAUGAGAUGACUAUGGUACAGAAUUAUUAAGGGUGAACAUUGGGUAGAUGUGAGAGAAACCGCACGCGUGAUGCGCCCAGUUAAGCCUCCUCUUUGUUCCCUUUGAGAAGAGCAGAGAGCUUGGCGACGUCGGUGUGGUCCGCCGUCGUCCUCAUGCGGUGGCAGAAGAUGCACUUGCCGUCCUCAUCGAUGAUGAAGUCACCGCCAAGCAGCGCAACGUCGCCCAUAU